CAAGCAUUCCUUCCACAAGAAACACUUGAUGAUCCAUUUGACGUUACUCUGGUGAUUCAAAAUGGGAAAGAAUUCAAAGCUCAUAGACGUGUUCUUUCAGAAGCAAGUCCUUUCUUUGAAAGGCUGCUUAAAAGUGACAUGAAAGAGUCCAUCGAAGGAGUAAUCCAUUUAGAAAAGAUAAACGAGCAGUGUUUGAACGAUAUAUUGGAGUUUAUCUACACAAACCAUGUUCAAAUAUCGGUAGCAGAAGAAAAAUAUGCCCGAGACUUGAUCGCCAUGUCAGACUACUUGGUUUUACCACGUCUGAAGGCUGUUGCUGGAAAACAUUUAGUGAAGGACUUAAAAAUAUCAAAUUCUGUUUCAUUUUAUCAGUUUGGCGUGAAAUAUCAAUGUGACGAGCUCAUUUUCGAGACCAGAAACUUCAUUCAUGCCAAUUUCAUGCACGUGGCCCAAACGGAGGAGUUUUUGAACUUGCCGUGCGAUGAAAUCAAAAUGUGGAUUUCAAAUGACGACAUAGCUGUAACUGCUGAAGAAGAUGUAUUCAAGAUCAUUUUUAAAUGGGUGGAUCGUAAUAAAGUGGACCGGAAGCAAUAUUUCCCCAUAUUGUUCUGUGAAGUUCGACUUGUAUAUAUAUCACGUGACUUUUUGUGCCGUGACAUCAUGACAAGUGAGUUUUUGAUUGGUGAUGAACACAGCAUGGGGCUUGUGAAGGAUGCUUUGAAGAUCAUCGAAUCAAAAGACUUUCAGCAGCACGGUAUUCGUCCUAGAAAGUCACUAGAGAUGCCUGUCAUGGUGAUAUGUGUACAAGGUUUCAGUAGACAGGAAGACAACAUGCUUUGUUGUUAUAAUCCACUUGAAGACACAUGGUCUAAGUUUAAUGGGACAGUCCCACCCAAUAUUGCAGAUGUUAUAUCCUGUCAUGGAAAACUUUAUUUUCACUUAUAUCCUGAUGAGGACAUAGGAAUCAGAGAGAGGAGACUGUUGUGUUAUGAUCCAUUAUCAAAUUGUUGGGCUUCAUUGCCAUAUGAGGAUUACAGGACAGUGUACAACAUAUUUGCAAGAGGUGGUGAAGCAAUUUAUGCCUUUGUAGCUGAAGAUCUUCUAUGUUGCCCUGACUGUACAUCCUGGUACCAAAGCCAAAUUCCUGGACCAUGUAGUAAGACCCCACAUCUUUCUUUCUUGAGAAAGUACAAACCAGAAACCAAUUCCUGGGAAGACAUAACAUCAUUUGAUUUCGACUGCAAUUCAAGAUCUGGAGUUUGUGUUGUGGCCAAGGAUAAUUUUGUGUAUUUCAUUGGUGGUGGUUAUUGCAGCCCAGAUCGAAAUGAGGAACUUGCAAGUGCCGAUAGGUAUGAUGUCAUUAAAGACACGUGGGAGAAACUAGCAAACCUUCAGUAUCCAAGAUGGUAUGCUCGUGCCACUGCUACACACAGAAACAUUUUUGUGGUUGGUGGAGUAACUCAUGAUUUAGCCGAGAGUUGUGAAGUGUAUAAUGAAGAAACAAAUGAAUGGCAUUUUGUAGCAAGGCUGAGGAAGACACCAUUUGAUCAUUACGAUCCAACUUUGCUGGGUGUUGAUAAUAAGCUGUAUUGUAUAAUCCGACUUAUUUGUGCAUGGAAUCGAAAAGACAAAAUUGAUUGCUAUGACUUUGAGAAAAAUGAAUGGAAAGAGAAAACUCAAAUACCAUUUGACAAACUGUUACCGAGGGGGUUGAAAAAUGAAUCUUACUUACAGGUUACUUCAUGCUGUUCAAUGAGAAUUUUCAAAAGACGCAACUUUCUUCAACAUGCCUCAUUUCAUGACAUUAAAGCUGGGAAAAAUAAAUGUGCUAUCAUGUGACCUAACAGCAUGAAUACUAUCAGUGUUUUGUCAGGAUCUAAAAUUGUAGUUUGGUGUUUUUCAACAAUUUGUCAUUUGUAAUGAUAUGCACUUAAAGCCCUCAAAACAGUGACGUUCUGGUUCUUAGAAGAUGCCAUUUUUUUUUAACCCUGGAUUAAUCACAGUGAAAAUAAUAUUAAUUAUUUUCCAUUCCUCAUUGAAACAGUACAAUUUUGUAAAUAUAUAAUUUCUUUAAAAAAAAUGUGUUUUGAGUGCAUAUUAAAUUUUCUGUAACAGUGUGUUAAAAUUGUUUUUCUGAACUAUUUAAUGUUUAUAAACCAUGGAAAUCAGGACAUGUACUUGUAAGAACUAGUGGUGCAGUUACAUACAGUUGUGUAUGGAGAUAGCUGGGCAUUGUUGAGCUGUGCAGCAAGGCUGUGAAAUUCCCUUGUGGCCACCAUUAAAAGCACGCAAGCCUUAAAAGCUUCAACUAGAAUCUGAAUACCUGUCUUUUACAGUCAUUAUUUUUUUCUCAUAUUUUCAUGGCCGUGUUUUAUUGUUACUCGAUUACUAUAGUAUUUAAUUUUUUUGCAUUUAAUGAAAGGAGAAUGGAUGCUUUUCAAGUUGUUGUUUUUCUCCUGAAUUUACACUUUCCCCAAGGUGUUGAUCUGGAUUCCAUAUAAGCUUAGAUCUCAUGAGAAUUUUUUACAGCUGUGAACUGUGCCCUGUUUGUUUGCUGCAUCGAAAACAUUGGCAAGUUUGUGUUUACUAGCCUGUGUACAGACGUCCCCCUUCCCUCAGAAAAAAAUCUCUUCUCCCAAUUUUUUCUGAGGGAGGGGGGACGUCUGUACACAGGCUAGUGUUUAGUGGAGAAGUUCGAUUAUGUUUUUUUUUUUUUUCUGUUUUUUGUUGUUGUUGUAGUUCACCAUAAUUUUAGUUUCUUUUAUAGGAAAAUCUCCAUUCUAUGAUAUUAUGUAACAGUUACUUGAUAAUGACGUCCGAGAAAUUUCCUAAAAUGUUUUUAAGAAAAGUUUUUUCGCAAUUUUUUAUAGCUAAAAAUCAAAUCACAUUAUUUUUAAAAAGCUAUUUACAGCAUUCAAAUUGUAAUGUCUUUGGUUCCUCAUCAUUUUUUAAUGAAGUUGAAUCAUGGAGAAAUGUUACCUUGUCAUGUCAGAAAUUCCAACUCUGUGUUAAAAAAGUAUUUUUGUAAACAGGUCAGAUCAAUAUAAACUGGGAUAGUACUUGAGUUGUGCUAAGACAGCUGGUGAUUGUGAGUAUACUUCCAUGAAAAUAGCGCCAGUACCAGUCAGCGGUACUAGGACUGUUUUUUAUGUAAAAAUUAAUAACUGAUUUUACGUGUGGACGUACAUUUUAUAUUUUAUUGAUUAUUCGAUUAUUUUAUUGACUAUUAGAUCGGUAAUUGUAGUUAGGUGUCCCCAGUUAGUGUACAUGGUAUGCGACCUCGACACUAAAAUAAAGUUCUGACUUACUUACUUGUGCUCGCUCUCCGUUUUUCUUAGGGUGUUUGCCAAACUAAUGAUAUCCUAGGGGUUUUUCGUCCUUUGCAAGUUCAGAGUUUCUAACCCUCAGCAACAACAGUAUGCCCACCAAAUUGAGCAAGGAUCCCAACCCCGGGUAGACCUGGGUCAGACGGCCGUUCUUUGCAUUAACCGAGCCUAAUGAAUACUAAUGACUGGAACAAAAGACCAUACUUUUUCCCCUGGCAAAAUCUACUGUUCUCAUUGGUGUUAGGUUCGGCCAACAUGAAGUACGGCGUUUGACCUGUGCCUUAGUGUAUGUAUCUCCAAACCCUUUGGUGGUGUUAAAUCACCUGUUAAAUUGCACUAAUUACAUUGCUGGGCCCAGUUGCUCGAAGCAUGGUUAGCGUUAACCAGCGUUAAAUACCUUGACAACGUAUUGGUUUUGAUACUGCUUAACCAAUGGUUAAAGCUAACCAUGCUUUGAGCAACUCAGCCCAGGGCGCUAUUUACCAGUAACAAUAUCAGUAGGCAGAAAACUCACUCACCUCACCUAUCCGCUUCGUGCCUCGUGGAACAAAAGGCCUUCAAAGAAUCCCUCUAUUUAUCUCGGUUAGCGGCAACGGUCUUCACUUCCUCCCACGAUUGCCAUCCUGCUUCUGCUCUUUCCUUUUCAAGCGUUUAUCUGCAGGUGGUUUUUGAAGCGAGAAAUAAAUAACAACGGGAGACUAAUUUCGUUGGAAGAAGAACAUGAAAAUUACUGAUAGCGGCGGUUAGAAAAUGAGAAAUGCUAGCGCCUACCAAUGUGAAAAUGAGGGGCAGUAAAAAAAAAACAGAGUGAACAGGAACACAAACAUUUCCUCCAUAAAACGCGUAAAUAGGAAGGUAAAAGAAGUUUGACGUUUUGGUUGUGCAAAACAACGGCAAGGAAAUGUACAAAAAAGUGUGCUGCACGUGCAAAGUUUUUUUUUUUUUUGCUAAUUAGAAAAAAAAAGUGUGCUGCACGUGCAAAUUUUUUUUUUCUAAUUAGAUCUAUUUUUGUUGUUUUUUACCGUUCUCGUUGCUUUCAACUUCUUUUAAGUAUUACUCGAUUUUAUAUUUUCUUUGUGGAAUCUAUAGAUAUUAAAAGGAGCUUCGCUUUUAGCCCUGCCUAAUUCUAUAUAUCACCUAAUUCUAUACAUUAAGGGUACUGCAAGAGAGACCGUUUCAGAUUUAGGAUUUCCAGAGGUUUUCAUCUUUCUGAACUUCAUUAACCCUUUAAGUCCCAAUGGUGUCCAACAUCAAUUUCCUCCCAGCAAUAUCCAUACAUUGUCAAGAGAUAAGGUUGUGAAAAUUAAUAAAAUGAUCACCUUAGAGAAAAUGCCUUGAUCUUUUCUCAAAUUCUCGCAACACAUUCUUUAAUAAAAUGUAUAGAGAUCAGUUUGGAGAAUUUGUAUGUGUAUAUUGGGGCUUAAAGGGUGAAAGCAUUCCUUAGGGGCAUUUAUACAUUUGUACGAGGAAAAAUAAGACGCGUCUUACAUAAAACACGUUAAAUAAGACGGGAACUGGACCAUUUAUACGAGCAUGUCUUAUCUAAGUCUUCCGUAUACUUAAACUUACUUUUAAAGUGUAAGUUUAUAAUACUAAGAUAACAAUUUGAUUAGCAAAUAUAAAUUGUGAUAGUUUAAAGUUAAAAGGGUCUACUUACACCAGCAGAUGUCACGCAUUUGUCCAGGAGGUCUGUUAUCGCCUUCUCCUUACAUAAUAACAAAAAAUCUUUUUCCUUCGCGAUAGACCAAGUGUUUCUUUUUACCUUUAACGGCGUGCUCAUUGUAUUUGAGCGAAGAAAAAAUAAAGCAGAAUAGACAAGGAAACGAAAUUUUUCCCCGCCAGUGGCCUGCCAAUCCACCGCGGGGCACUCCGCGGGGCAAGCGAUAAUUUUCCCGCCAAAAAUAAACACAUGCGUACUAUGCGUUCGCGUGUUUCAGGGCGGAAAAACGUAAUGAGCAUGCGUGAACUUUUUUGCCCAGAUCCCCUGGCCGGGUUUGAAAAAAUGGCGGGAUUUCAAAUAUUUUCUUGCCUAAAAAUAAAAUGUUUCCACUCAUAACCUGGAAAGAACAGGAAAUUUGUCUUCAAAAGUUGCAAGCUGUGGUUAUAACAUUGUCGUUACUUAAUUUUCUCGAAGAAUACCUCAUAGUAAAACGGACUUUAACGACAUUAAUUUCCUUGCGUUGUAAUGGAAAUGUGCAUGCGUAGGUCCGAUUUUUUUCAAGAUGCAUUCACAAAAUGUGUUCAUAUAAGGAAGUUUCUGGAUAUAUAAGGUCCGUAGCUCCACUGUGGACACAAAAACAACAUAUCUUUGGACAGUGAUUUGCCCAAAAAAAUUAACGCUUGCCCACAAUGUGUUUGAAGUCACUGAACUUUGUCGCACUCGAGCGAGGAAAGUAAAGAGUAAAGAACGAGUAAAGAACGGGGAGAAGAGCCCCUGGGGACAAUGUCUUACCAGACCUGUAACAACGGUCGCCGCCGUUCUGGCUUCUGAUUGGUGCCAGAAAAACACAAGUUUUCUGGCACCAAUCAGAAGCCAGAACGGCGGCGACCGUUUGGAACUGGUCUGGUAAGACAUUGUCCCCAGGGGCUCUUCUCGCCGUUCUUUACUUUUCUUCGUGCCAUAUUUUUCCACCCGUUUAGAUUUUCCCUCGCCCCCUUUAUCUGCCCCUGGGUCUCCGAGGAUGGCGAUGUAUAAGAGCUAUAUAAAUUCCAUUAUUAUUAUUAUUAUUAUUAUUAUUAGGUCUGACAAUGUGGAUGGAUAGGUGCCAUCUUUCCCUUAGUGAGAUAGAAGGUAAAGUCAAACAGCCUUUGAUUAAUGUUAAGAAAGAUGAAUAAAGUUUACUUAUUAUUGUCUUAGUGUAGCCAUUUGUGUUUUUGAUUGCUUUGAACCUGGCAUCCAAGGUGCGGAUCCACACCUGUUUCCACCGUUUUACGGAAAUCGGUCAGAUUUUUCAUAAUAAAUAUAAUUUUAAAAGUUGAUUGAAUUUGAUCAUCUGGGUGUAUUUUUAAUUGUAAAAAAUCUUUCCAAGUUGAAAUCUUGCUCCACAUCCAACAAACAACAUGGAAAUUAAACAUGAUGAAAUAAUCCACCAAUUUGCAAGGCUUCACCUGAGGAAAAUGGAACUGGCCAAUAUCCUGUCUGAAUCAAUCAGAAACCCAGGAAAGGGGUCUUUAGGGCUUGCCUGCCCAUUUUAGAGGUGUGGACUGAAAAUGGGUGUGGAAAGUGACAUUUUUUAGUCUGAAACAGGGUGAGGAUUUGGAGAACCAGGCAGCACACCUCACCAAGAACUCCCAGGUGUACCCCCGGGCCCUUUUCCUUUAUACAUAGGCUGGGGAGUUCCCUGCAACAAGGACGCGCCCUAUUUUCAAGGCAUUUCUUUACCACUUUAGCCCUAUUCACUGUCCAACUAACAGGCGAUUUCAAGCCACUUACACAGUGUUUCAUGCACUUGAAAGCGGGUAACCAAACCCAAGGAGCAACUCAUACCAGAACGUUUAAGCGUAAUUGACACGUUUGUGCUGUAUUGGGCAUUCAGUCACUUUCAAUUCAAAUCCGUUCGAUCCAAGUUUUGUUUCUACUGUUUUCUAAUACCAGGUUGAAACCGUUGGAAAAUAUAUGCCAAGAACGCGGGAGAAAGCCAACAAGGUUAAAAGCUUACCUGCGGCUUUCCAUCUCCGCAAGAAAAUCAUUGCUUUUGAAUAAAGAAUUCAUUUAGGAAAUCAAAUCAGUCGUGCUGGAUAUACCCUUUCAAACAGAAUCAAACGAAAUUAUAUACUCUGUGUAAGACAGACUCACAAAGAGGUCGAAAAUCAUACCCUGUCCAGCGGCAAAUCCCCAUAUAGAGCAUAUAUGAGGGAGUACCCCUUCCGGGCUUAAUACGGACACCCCGUUAAUAUGGACACUUUCUCUGGCCCCUUCAUAGCCUGUUCCAGGGGGUUUUUCCGUUUAGUUUCCGGGGGUGAAAUGCCUGCGAGAUCAAGCUCUCCUAUUUGGGCUCGCUCGCGCGUUCUCGCGAGGCUCGCGCGAGGGCACGUUUUUCCCGUUUUGCGGAGUUUCACGUUGGGUGGAAAUGAAAAUUUCGGUGGUAGCAAGAUCGAAUUUGAUUGGCUCUUGUUCCAUUUCGGCCCCCGGUACGUGGCCGGGUGCCCGACCGUGGACCUGGAACUGGUACCCAAACUACGAGAAACGUAAAUGGAACACGACAUUCCGUUCUUUCCAGUGGGACGAACCGACGAAACGUGUUCCAUUUAUCGCUGAACCGGAAAUUCCGGAAAUUUUGACUAAAUGGAAAGCGCCCGUUAUUUCUUGGUGGGGUUACAAAUGAUGCCGAGUGGCUCUGGGAACGAGACCAGUUUUUCUCGUCCCCAGAGCCUGUCGUUUCGAUUGGUAAAAAGUUGUUCCAUUUCAUUUGUCGCAAAAUUCUUGGUGGGGUUACAAGAAAAAUGGAAGCGGAAAACGGGACCACCUUUUUAGAUUUUCCAGUGGAAUUUUCCAGUGGGGGAACGACGAAAGAAUUUACCGCCGAACCGAAAUUCAGGAAAUUUUGACUAAAUGGAAAGCGCCCCUCGUCUUAGCUAAGACGAGACGCGCGUUUCUGGGAAAAGGGGAAAAAGAACAGGUGUUAGGCUAUAGCUAAGACGAGACGCGUCUUUCUAAAAAUAAGAAGUGCCUUAGCUAAGUCGUGUCUUAUUUUAGACGAAAUUAAAUGUGCCGUUUAUACGGAAAGUUCGCGUCUUAUGUAAGACGCGUCUUAUUUUUCCACACGAAAAAAGAGUUUAAUGUUCAAACUCCCCCGCGGAGUUUAGGUCCAACUAAAAGAAGCAUGGCCGCCUUGGGGGUGACUCUAUUCGGCGGAAUGGCGGAGUACACGGAAUACUCUAACGUUCUUUGAGUUAGUAUGAGGUUUGAGUCAGUAUACAUGUAUAUCCUUUUUUUAUUCUGGGUUUUAAAAUAUUCCAUAUAUUCCGUGUUUUGUUUGAGAAUAUUUUGUGUAUUCUUUGUCUCUGCUUUUAUGUCAGUCCAGUUCAAAUCAAGUACAGAAUGUUCUGUAAAUUCCGUGUUUUAGUACUUCCAUAUAUUCCGUAUUUUAGAAUAUUCCGUGUAUUCCGUCAUUCCGUUCCGUCAUUCCGUCAGUCCACCAUUCCUCCAAAUAGGGUCACCCCAACGAGAGGUUCUCUAGUAUCUUCAUUUAUCCACUUUAAAUAACAAUGAUUUAACUGAUUAUAAAGGAUAUAUGGGCUCUCGAAAUAAGCAAGUGUACUUCCUGAUCAUGUAUUAUCAUUUUUCAACCCUGCGUUAAAGGGGACUUUCUCUUACCGAGUUCCUCCCGGUCAAGUCAGACGCCUUGGACAAGUCAAGUGGUCCACGAGAAACACUUCAGUAUAUUACCGGUAUUUUCUUCAAUAUUUCGAUGGAAACUUCAUUACAAGCCACAGCAGGUGAUAUUCCAAACACCAAACAGGUUUUUCUUCCACAAGAAACGCUUGAUCAUCCAUUUGACGUGACUCUUGUUAUUAAAAAUGGGAAAGAAUUCAAAGCUCACAGACGUGUUCUUUCAGAAGCAAGCCCUUUCUUCGAAAGGCUUCUUAAAAGUGACAUGAAAGAGGCUAUCGAAGGAAUAAUCCACCUUGAAAUGAUACACGAGGAGUGUUUGAGCGAUAUAUUGGAGUUUAUCUACACAGGCCGUGUUCAAAUACCAGGGGGAGAAAAUUGUACCCGAGACUUGAUCGCCAUGGCAGACUACUUGGUUCUUCCACACCUGAAAACCAUCGCUGAGAAAGUUUUGGUGGACAAGCUUAACGUUUCUAACUCUGUUUCAGCUUAUUAUUUUGCUGACAGUUAUCAAUGCGAAGACCUUUUUUCCAUCUCCAUGAGUUUAAUAUUUACAAAUUUCAGCAGUGUAGCCAAAACGAAAGACUUUUUGAGUCUGUCAUGCAAAGAAGUCAAAAGGUGGAUUUCCAGUGAUGAAAUAUAUGUAGAUUCCGAGGAAGAUGUGUUCAACAUUAUUCUAGCAUGGAUUGAUCACGAUAAUGAAGAGAGAAAGAAAUAUUUUGCAGAUCUGUUUUGUGAAGUUCGACUUGUUUAUUUAUCGCUUGACUUCCUGUGUAGUGGUCUGUUGGCAAAUGACCUCGUGAAUAACAGUGAACAAUGUUUGCAUCUUGUGAUGAAUGCAGUGAAGUUAAGUGUCUCUCAGAACCAUUACGAUCGCAAUGUAAGGCCCAGAAAGUCACUUGAGAUCUCUGCAUUACUAAUCUGUGUGCGAGAUGAUAGACAGCAAGACCAACUUCUAUGUUACUCUCCCACUGAGGAUGAGUGGUCUUGUUUCCCUAGCACAGUGCCAAGCAUAAAUAAUGGUGAAGUCAUCUCAUGUGAUGAUAAACUUUAUUUUAUAUCUCAAAGUGAUGGCAAACUUUUGUGCUAUGAUUCUUUCUACAACUGCUGGACAUCAUUGCCGUUUAUAGAGCGAAGAAGAUUGCAUCAAUUCUUUGUUAGAAAUGACAAAGAAUUGUGUGCUUUGGUCUCUGAAGAUCAAGACACAUGUUCAGAAUGUCUGUCACUGAGUGCCAGCAGGAGAAACCCAUCUUGCGGAAAAAAGCAUAAUACGUUUAUUAUGAAGUACAAACCUGAAUCAAACACAUGGGAAGAUAUGACUGUACUUGAUCUGGGCUCACGAGUAGGAAUUUGCAUUGUUGCUCAAGACAAUUUCAUAUACUUUCUUGGUGGGUAUGCCGAGAACCGAUAUGAGACACUGAAAGAUGCAGACAGGUACAACCUCAGCACAAACACAUGGGAAAAAAUAGCUGACAUCCUAGAACCAAGACAGAGUGCAUGUGGAGCAGCUGCAUGUGGUAGAAUUUUCAUUGCUGGUGGAGUAAACAGAAAUAAUAUUUCAGAAAGUUGUGAAGUGUACAAUGAAACAACAAAUGAAUGGCACUUCAUUGCCAGUUUAAACACAAAAACACCAUGGGACACCGGAAGUCCCACUUUGUUAUGUGUUGAUAACAAAAUGUAUUUAUUAUUUCGUUACAUUUUUGGCUGGAACGAACAAGGGAAAAUGGGCUGCUUGUAUGAGCUUGACAGGGAUGAAUGCCGCACCAAAACCCAAAUUCCA